AUGGUAUUCCACCCCAAUCCUGUCAGGAGCCUGUCCCGGUCUGCGCAAAGCGUUACGGUGCGGUCUGCGCAAGGCGUUACGGCGCAGUCUGUGCUGCGAGUCGACGAAGCCUUGAGCUCGAGUUCCCAGCGGCUCGACGGGCGUUCGACGUCGAGGAACAUCCCCUCUGCUACCCCUUCUGAAACAAGCACGCUAGUUGAUUUUCCUCUCGCAGACGAUGGGUCGACUGGAUAUGUCCAACAGCAACAACCGCCGCAAGAGGAGGCCGCCUCAGAUGACUCCGACGAUGCCCUCGACGAAGACUUCCAAGCGUGGACUAUGACGAAGAAGAAAAAGAAGACCGCGACACGGAUGCAGGGCCGCGCUGAUGCUGCGCGCACAUCCAGGUCCACAGAUGCGCAGGCGGCGCGAUCCUUCGUCCGAUGA